AUGAGUAUUAUUAUAAGUUCACUUUGGGUACAAUGGAUAGAAUUGGUUAUUGGGAAAUCAAUAGUUAUUCUAUAUCAAUAUGGAUUUUACACCAUUGAUGGUAAGUUUAAUUUAAUUUUUAAAUCUGAUUUCUAAAAUUUUUAAAUUUUUAAAACAGACACUAAAAACAGUUAUUCAUUAUGGUACACAACUGAUGCAAAUCUUAUAAUAACAAUAUCUGAUUUUGAAAAAAUAAGACUACUCUACUAUGGAGCAUUUCUCCUAUGGCACUAUAAUUAUACAUUAACAUUUGGGUUAUUGGGAAUAAUUGCAGAGAGAGUAUUCGCUACUAUUUUUAUCAAUGAUUAUGAGAAAAAAUCACGAACUUGGAUUCCGAUUCUGAUUGUUACUGUAAUACAUUUUUUAUCAAUUCCCACUUCGUAUAUUAUGAUUGAAAAUAUGACAACAAUUGAAAUUGCAUUGAUUGGGAUGUUUUUAAUUUCAACUGGAUUUUCAACAGUUAGUUGUUGAAAAUACUCGGGACAAAAUUUUUCAAAAUAUUUCAAAAUUUCAGGGUUUCCUUUUUGUUUUGAAAUUCAAUCGAAGGAUAGAAUUCAAGAAAACUCUAACUUUAAGUCAGAAGUUCCAAGUGAAAGAAAAUAUUCGAGCCAUUUCAAUUCUCAGAACCUUUGUUCUAGUUGUAGCAGCCUAUAUGGUUUUGAUAUGUUUUAUUGUAACGCUAUUAUAUUUGAAGAUUGUUCAAGGUGCCGUGUUGGAUCAUUUGGUGGACAAUCUAAUCUCAUUGUGAGAAGCUUUGCAGUUUUUUUCAAAAUACAUCAAAUUUCAAUUAAUUUUCAGAAACCCAAUAGUUUGUAGUUUGGUUCUGAUGAGUUGCUCAAAAGUCUGGUCUCGAAAAUUCUUCCCCGCAAAAUAUUUUCAUCGUGAAAUUGAUACAUCAAUUGUGAUGAUUGAUGAUACGGCUGUAUAUUUUAAUCAACUCAAAAAUGCGUGGAUUUGA